AUGACGCAGGAUACCGGACUCAAUAUCACGAUCAUUGGUGCUGGAAUUGCAGGGCUGUUUGCCGCACGAGUAUUGCGAGAAAAGCACAACAUUACCAUAUUGGAGAAAUCAGCAGGAGGAAACGAAGUUGGUGCUGCUGUUACGCCAGGUCCAAAUGCUACGAAGUGGCUUUACAAAUAUGGCUGGAGCCCAAAAAGAUGUGGUGCAUUAUCACUCGAAAAAGUGCGUACACUCAAUCACGAAGGUGUUCUUGUCAGCGAACAGGACGUGUCCGGCAUGAAAGAUCUAUUUGGAAGCGACUGGCACGUUGUGCAUCGAAUCGAUCUAUGGAAUGAAUUGCUUAGGUUGGCAACAGACCCAUCAGAUGCUAUGAGCAUUUCUGGGUCCCCAGCCAAAGUUGUAUGGCGCGCAGAUGUCAUCGAUGUCGACGUUGACAGUGGGAAGGUUAGUUUGGCAAAUGGAGAAAGCAUAAAAUCAGACUUGGUCAUUGGCGCAGAUGGGAUUAAAUCCAUCGUUAGGCCACUGGUUGUAGAACAAAACACCGAGGCUCUAUCUUCAGGCGCGUCUAUGUUCAGGUUCAUUAUUCACAACAAUAUUGUAAACGAAGUGACGCCGGAUACUCCGCUCAAUGAUGCUUCAAAAAUGACAGAACUUAAUAUUCGGAUCGCUUCAGAUGGGUCUCGGCGAUCGGUUGUGUCAUACCCGUGUCGAAAUCUCGAAUUACUGAAUGUGGGCUGCAUUGCCCAGGAUUCUACUAUAAAUCUUCCAACGACGGAUUCCUGGUCCGCCCCGGGAAGCAGAGAAGAUCUUCUGAGAGUAUUUGGCGACUUCUACGUGCGACCAAUUCUUGAAAAAGCGGAAAACAUCAAGCUGUGGCAGCUAAGGGACCAUGAUCCAUUGCCAACAUACUUUAAGGGAAGAAUUCUGCUUAUAGGAGAUGCUGCGCAUGCAAUGACUCCCCACCAGGGACAAGGUGCAGCCCAAGCAAUUGAAGAUGGCGAAGGUCUGAGCUUAUUCAUUGACCAACCGGUGACUCGGGAGUCAGUUCCAUCUGUUUUGAAGGAUUUUGACCGGGUGCGUCGGGUACGAGCAUCGAAAAUACAAGCCAUCACGCGUAAUGUACAUGAGAAAAAGAGCCCAGAGAUGAUGUGGAAGAACUUGGAGUAUAAUUUUUCUUACGCCGGGAUUCGAGACUGUUUAGGAAGAUUAGACGAUGGACAGGAAAUCUAG